AUGGAGCGUUUUGUGAUAGCGCUCCUGCUGGCCGUGCCGUCGGUCAGUGGAGCCUACUUUUCUCAGGUAUGGACCACAAUAAACCCAAUUUUUUCAUUGUUUGACGUCGCUAUUCAGUUCUCGAUGCGCGCGCCCGACCAUGACCCUUGCCAAGACACGACAGGCCGCCCGAUCCGCUGCGUUCCGGAGUUCAUCAACGCCGCUUUCGGAAAGCCGGUCAUCGCCAGUGACACUUGUGGAACCAGUGGACCCACAAAGUUAGUUUUGAAGAAUGAAAUUAAUUUUUCAUCCUGCUGGAACGAUUCUCAAAGGUCUUCGAAAAUCUCAUGUUCUCACAUUUUUUCUAUCUGUUUUUUUUUCCUUCUGAAACAUCUUUUCGGCGAUUGAAGUCAUUUUUGAGAAUAUCUGAUAACUUUAUUUUUUAAAUCAUGCUCCUUUUUCCUACUUCUUCAUAUCUUUUUACGACAGUUUUCUCUCAUUCAUAAAUUUUUUCAUUUAGAAACUCAACAAUCAAAACUUCCGGUUUUUUUCCUCUUGAGCAAAAAUAGUUUUCUCCUGCGAUUUUGCGUUCAAGUUUCUCACUUUCUUUUCAUCUGCUCCCGCUCGGCCAUAUCUUUUAAUUGAUCGUCAAGUCGUUUUUUUUUGCGGCUCCAAGUACCUCAUUAUCGCACACUGCAAACACGUUCAAGUUGCAUUGAGCUUUCUGCCCAGUUUUCUCCAACGAUUUAUCGCUCAUUUCUGUUGAUUGGUUCUUUGUGAACCGUAUUUUGAGAAGAUUCCUUGAAAAAAAAAGAAGAAGAAAACAGACAAGGAAUUGUAUUAUCAUGGGUCGGUGGUCGCCGACGACUUUUUGCACAAACUUCCUUAAUCAAAUUAAGUUCUGUCGUAAGGUUUGUGUGGCGGAAAACGGCAGUUUCAGCCGUUCAAAAAAUGUAAGUGGCGGCCUGAAAAAGAGUCGCCGCCGUUUUCGAAUAAAUAUACCUAAAUUAUCGGUUACUGGCUCGAACGGGCGUCAAAUUGCACACAUAAACACUGAUUUAGUGAGUUUUGUUCUAUCGAGAGCGCAUUUGAAUCAAAGGUUUUCUGCGAGAAAGUUUUAUUUUCACGAUUUUCUGAAAAGUGCUGGAAAUAGAUAAUCUGCUCGAGAACUCUUGCUGAGGUACUUGCAAGCGAAAUUUUUUUUUGAUCAUUUGAAAUGACUCAAAAAACAGCUCUAUUUCUUGAUACUAUGACAACUUUUUUUAAAUUGAAAUUAAAAGGUCACACUCUUUCAAAUUUCAAGAACAAUAAAUUUUAAAACCAAUUUUCAGAGAGUUCUGGAUCUACUCUGGGAUGAUUUACUCAAAAAUUUAUAAAUUUUUUUCUAGGUUCUGUACCGUGAAUGAAGGCGCGGAUGGGAUCAUGAGGGAACGAUGCGAAACCUGCGACGCGUCGGUUGCAGCAACCUCUCAUCCGGCUUCCUUGCUGACAGACCUCAACUCCAUCGGAAACAUGACCUGUUGGGUCUCAACUCCCAGCCUGUCUCCGCACAACGUCUCGCUCACUCUGUCUCUCGGCAAAAAGUUCGAGCUCACCUACGUCUCCAUGCAUUUCUGCUCGAGACUUCCUGAUUCGAUGGCUCUGUACAAAUCAGCCGAUUUUGGAAAGACUUGGACUCCGUUCCAGUUCUAUUCGACAGAGUGCAAAAAAGUGUACGGAAAAGAACCGGAUGUCAAAAUCACCAAGGCCAAUGAGCAGGUUCGAUUUUAAUUCUGAAUUCUACUUUUAAAAGGUGGAACAAGCCUAGUGAUAAUUUGACUAUGAAGCUUAUUAAUUUGAAAUAAUUCUUGAAAAUCCUCCCCAAAAAAAAGACACACGGAGUCAAAAAAAAAUACCUCCACUCAAAGAAGUUCCAAAAGCUCGGAAUCUGCGAACACACUAAAACUCUUCAAAAGCAGAUUUUUCCAGGAAGCCGUGUGUACGGACUCUCACCAGGUUGCGCCAAGUGGCAACCGUGUAGCCUUCCCCUUCCUGGAAAGCCGUCCAUCGGCCAUGACCUUCGAAACUUCUCCUGUUCUUCAAGAUUGGGUGACGGCGACCGACAUCCGCGUGGUGUUCACUCGACUGAGCCCUGACCAGGUGAGUGUUGUAAGAUUGCGCGUUGCAAGCGUGCGACACCUUCUGAUUCAUACACAGUCUCAUUUUUUGCCUCGUUUCAGGCCGAGUUGUACGGAUUAUCGAACGACGUGACUGCUUUCAACAAUGACACUGAGGACGGAGUCAAACAGAGAUACUUCUACUCGAUGGGCGAAUUGGCGGUCGGCGGACGGUGCAAGUGCAACGGCCAUGCCAGCAGGUGUAUCGUCGACAAAAUGGGCAAGGUCCGCUUUUUCGAGAGCUCUUCGCCAGGAUUUAAUGGCGUGGCGUCAUUGAAUGAAAAGAAACAGUGAUAAAUCAAGCACAUGCUAGAAUGAAUCUACUCGGAGAUAGGAAAGAACGUGAACUUCAAGAAAAUUAAUAUUUAAUGAGAGGAAAAAACAAUUGACAAAAAAAGUAAAUAAAAAGUAAAAAAAAACGCAAAAAAAGAAGGUGUCGUAUUGUACUUCUAUUCAGUUCCUGGAAAAAUAUUCGCUAAGAUUGAAAAAUGGAAAGUUUCGGUGAUAUCUUGGAGUUGGAAAUUUUUCAAAACCCAUAAAACAAUAUUUUCAUGUAUUUCUGUCUAAGCGUUUUUUUUUCAAAAUAGUCUUCGAAAAAGUCUGAAUAACACAAUUCUCUCCAAAAAAGUGAUUGAUUUCAGUACACUUGCGAUUGCAAGCACAAUACGGCCGGAACUGAAUGCGAGACCUGCAAGCCGUUCCACUACGACCGUCCCUGGGGACGUGCCACCGCUCAGAGCGCCAACCCGUGUGUCGGUGGGUCCAAGUGUUUUUCGGACCAAUUUGCAACCAGUAGAAGGAGAGAAAGCUUUUUUUGGCCUCUUUGGAGAUUUUUCGCCUUGAGCACUAGAACUCAUCUGUAUACCAACCUAUUUCAAAAGCCCUUUGUCUUGAAAAAAAAAAAAAUCAAGAUCAUCUGUUUUUGAAGCCAAACAGCACGACCUUGAAUAAAACCUAUAUAAAGAGGCCAAAAUGGUUUGAAAUCCAGAUUUUGUGUCCCCUAUCAAUCGGUUUGCCAUUCUCACGUCGUUCCGAUUGGGUUGACAGGCGUUCGCGCCAUCCCAGCAAGACACUGCCAGCGUUCAACCGUGCGUGUUCAAUGGCUUGUGUUGGGGUGGAGGGUGAAUCUUUGAAUCGAAAAAAAACGAAAAAAAGUGGAAUUUAUGGAAAAAUUCCAUCUCAUUUUUUUAGACUUUUUUUCGAGGAGCCAGAGUCAAAAAUUUUUUUGAUUCAAACUUUCGAAAUGGGCACUCCAUUCAACGCUGGCUUUUGGCCUUUUUCUUUUUCAUCACUGGUUAAAAAGUAGCAAAAAGCCUUAAAAAGUGUUUUAUGAACAACUAGGAAAAUUUUUUCUCGAAGCAACAUCUGAAAAAAAAUUCAAUAGUUCUACGCUAAAACUCAAAAUUCCCAGAUUUUCUACGUUCUAAAAAUCAAAUUUGAGCAACGAGAUCCUUUUACGAACUUGUUUACUAUUCGUGUUUCUCAUAAUUUUCUGGGCAUCCCAGCUGACCACUAUUUCACUUUUUUUUUUCAAAUCCAGCUGGAUUCGCGAAAAACGGUGGAAUUGACUGGCUAUUUGCCAAGUGGAGAGACAAACCGCUGGUCAAGAUGGUUUUCAAUGGAAACAAGAGAAGGGUUUUGUUCUGUUUCUCGCGCGACGCAUACCCACGUCCGUGCAGUUAAUUCUUCCCCAAACACUUGGCACAAUCACCGCGUUGGCCCUUAUUACUGCCACCUCACAUUAAGGCGCCAGAUACACAACUUUUUUUGAUUUGGUUGGGGAAAAGAAAAGUUAGACGCUUUUUCUUGAAAAAAAAAGGUUCUGAAAUGACAGAGUUUAAUAGCUUACACUUUAUUUCAAAAAAAAGCCAUAGCUUAAAUAAAUUCCUUUUCCUCUAACCAUCGCGAAAAUUCUGACUGUAAUCAAGUUUCAUCGGUUCUCGGUGACCUUUUUCACGAGAUUUGGAUUAUCGUUGAUUAAUCCAAGUGGGGCGGUCGCUUGUUUGAGGAUGGGAGCGGUCAUUUCAAGGGUGCUUCUCGGCUGUUUUUUGACCUCCACUUGAGAACGCGUGUUCCAGGACACGGAUAUCUAUCUAAUAAGCGAAAUUGGAUUACGGAAAGGUUCUUUUUGGCUUUGUGAUGAGAAAAAAAAAUUGGUCAGCUUAGGAAACUUUUCAAAGGUAGACGGAAAGACGUUUCCUAUUAACCUUCAUAACUUUAAAAAUGGACUCCCCUAGGAAGUUGAUUUUUUUCUGAUUUUUCGGGAAGCCUUUCCAAACAAAAAAAAACCAAAAUUCAUUGAACAAAAAUACAUGAAAUAGGCGAAAGAAGCAUGAUGAAUGGUAUUCUCGAAAAUGCGGACGGUCUCGGUAGCUGGGCCGCGAACCGUAAACCUUCAUAGGCGUCUUUUACGACGGCGUUCACCUAUCUGUUGGAUGUGGUUUAUCGCUUUUCGAAUUCGCCGAGAGGCGCCAUUCCUUUAUGCAUAUAUGCACAAACAAAAGUGAUAGGUCAACCUCAAACAGUUGUUUUUUCUCCUUUCUUCAACCUACGUUAAUCAAUACAAUGCAAUAUUUUGCAAAGAGGGGGUGCCAUAAUUAGCCACUCGUGCGAAGAACAAGUUGUGACUUGCCUUUUUGAGGUUCAAAAAUGAGAAGUUGAUGAAUAAGGAAAAAAAUCGUUUUAUUAGAGGAAAAAAAUAAUAAACUCAGAAGUGAACCCUGAUUAACAAAUAAAAAAAGCAAUAUAAAUAUCUUGACUUUUUUUAAAAGUUUUUCCCUAAAAUGAGUAGUUCAUGGAUUAGAUCCCAAAAAAAAAAAUUGGUUUUUUUUUUCUGCCAGAGGAUCCCUGAGAAACACAGCCUGGUGCAUUUUUUUUUCGCCCUGCGGAUAAAUUUAUGAUCCAAUAACACGGAAAGGACAAGUAAACACGGUUUUUGUAGUUCACGCCGUUUUCGCGCCUUUCAAUAGUCAUUAAGGCGCGAUGAAUGGCUUUUUGUGGCCAAAAAUUUUCAGAUGACGUGAGAAAAAUUUUUUCCACACAGUAAGGUUGAUUUUCUAGUAAUGCUUUUUUCCGAAAAAACGUUCAAAAAUCGUCAAAGUGCUUUCAUAAUGACUUGUUAAGAUAUUUAUAGACUUGGAAGAAGCCGAAAAAUCUUUACAAAAAAAUCUAUUAUGAUUUUUUUGAGAAAUUGAAUGGAGCUAAUAUUGCUCAAUGAGUAUUUCAGAAGAUCGUCGUGAAUAAUUUAGAAUUAAAAUGAAUGAAUAUGUCAAGUUUCUGCAAAAGUAGGAAAGAAGCCAAAGAGUUUAGAAAAAUCUGACGCGAUGUUCAGAUGACUAGAAGUACCUGUAGCCGUUCUCCACUGGUUGAAUAUAACUACCAAACUUUCCAAGCUCCGUCCUGGAGAACGUAUACUGUAGUGCCUCCUUUUUCCGGUUGGAUAUCUCGGCUCGCCACAGGUGUCGGGAGCCGCGACACACAGCCGCGUAUUGUUCGCCAAACCCCGUAUUAGCCAGCGACGGAAACGAUAAACAAACUCGCGGCUUGUUCUGUUUAAUGGUCAAAAGGUGUGAAGCCAGCCGGGAGCGUUCGUUCUGCUCUCAAGGUGCCAAUUUACAAUCCGCAAACAAGCAUCCUUUUCUUCUCAAGCCGCUACAUGGGGAUUAGCUUGGAUCAGUGUUCCCUGAGGACAUUUUUUGGUCUGGAGUGUAGAAUUUAGGAACAAGACAAUAGGAAGAUAAAAAAAUUCUUGGGUUCAAAAAUCGGCUUGGUUAACAGUUUGCGAACUGUUUAUGAAUCAAUCAAAAAAAAGAGCGACGGAAACAGUAACCAAACUUUUUUCUAUUCUGCCGGAACUCCUUUUAAUAACAAGCUCAAGAACGUAACUCAUAUGUGAAAAGACGAUCUUGAAAGCUCCUCAUAAUUAAAAAAGCCCAUCGAGCUCAAUUCAUCAAAAUAUGAAUUUUAGAAAGAAUCAAAAAUCCAAAAUCCCCGAAAAACAGUUUCAUGACUUUCCUUCUCUCAUUUCCAUCAAAACGAAACACCCAUUGUAAAUUAACGUCUCAAACAAUCAAAUUCGACAAUUUUCAGCCUGCAACUGCAAUAUGCACGCGAAGCGUUGCCGAUUCGACCAAGAGCUGUUCCGAAUGAGUGGAAAUCGGUGAGGAUUUGAGGGAUUUGUUGUGAGAAAGUCGAAAAAACUUGUUUCUUUUAUUUUAUUAGCGUUUGUUGAGAGUUGCGGUAAUUUUGGUGAACAAAAAUGAUGGAUUUUGGGAAAAAUUUAAGAUCAAUUGGAUAAAUAAGCAGAGGUGCAUAAGGACAUAAUGAGAAAAAUGAGAUUAAAAAUCGUCUUUUUCAUAGUCAAAAAGUGAAAAAAACAAUUUAAAAAUAAGAAAAAAAUGACAAAAAAAUAUAAAUAUAAAUAACUUAAGCAAAAAAAUAAAGGAAUGAUUACUUCAGCGACCGUGUAUGAAGUGCGCUCCAUAGACAAACAUUUUGAAAUACCCCGCGCCAUCUUUUUUUUUGGUCACAGUUUGGGAAAAAAAAAUUUUUUUUCCUUUGUUUCACCUGUUUUUGAUUCUUUUAAAUUUUUUCCAUAGUUUGCUUUUUUUCCUCACUUCAAAGAGCUUAUCAAUCUUGAAGGAAUGAGAUGUAAAGAUUUACUCACCCUACCUUACCUCAAAACUUUGAAAUUCAGAAGUGGCGGCGUCUGCCUGAACUGUCGGCACAACACGGCUGGCCGCAACUGCCAUCUGUGCAAACCCGGCUUCGUCCGAGAUUCCUCCGUGCCGAUGACCCACCGAAAAGCUUGCAAAAGUUGGUUCUUUUCUCGUGUUGUCGCAAUAAUUCAGCGGCCCUGUGUCAGGUGCCUCUAGAAACAAUUAAUCAAAGCCGCAAACGACCUGAUCCGCUCGUUUUUUGCCUAGUCUUCAUCAAUUUUUUUUCCGGCCACUUUACACUUGACUCGAGCUUCCACUCGGUUUUUUUCCGCUCUGGACACAAACUCAAUGUUGCGACGUGGGUAAAAAAAAAGUUGGAAAAAAGUGAAAAGUGGAAGAAAUGAGGGGCUUCCAGAAAAUAGCCUCUCCGAAAAACUCCUACCUAAAAAUGAAACUGUUUGAAAAUGUUUUCUUGAACAGAUUUUUUUCAAGAAAAAGAAGUAAGAAAGGCCGUUUUUCUGAAAAACUGUAGGCAACUUUAGUUUCAACCGUCUUUUUAUUCGGAAAGAGGCUCAAUGAAAAAAACAAUAUUUUUUUAAAAACCUAAAAAGCUUCAGAUUGAAUUUUAUAAAAAAAUUUUUUUGAAAAAAAGUCAAGCGAAUCUGAACUUUGGUUGAUAUCCAACUAUUUCCUGGGAACUUUAUCAUUUUCUUCUCUCUCUCCAACUUCCUGAAACUAUCCAGUAUCAGGUUACGUUCAACAAACGACGAGAAACGUUGUAAAUUCCUUGAGACGAAGAAAAAAAAACAUGCCCUUUUUUUGGAGUCCAAAUUCGAUUACCGCCUCUCUCCCGAAUGGGUCUCUCAAUCCACGAAGAACUUUAAUCAAAUAUGGCACCCUCAUGGCGCGUACUCGAAACGUAACAUGUGGCAAUAUGAGCCGCGAACGGAAGGGGGCUAUAUGGUUCAAUUACGCAACAUUCCUGCAAUUGUCCAUUGGCAAGACCGCCUGGCAAUUCAAAUGAAAAACUGACCGAGUGGGCUCGUUUUGACCCUUUUGACAACACGAAAUGAUGCUUCAUACACGCCGUUUAGAUUUUCAGUUUUCAGGGAAAAACAUCGAAGAAUUUCCUUGUUCAAGCCCUACAAAAACUGAUUUUUGGUUUUUCAGAGCAUGGUAAAGACUUUGAGAUAACUGAGAAUCUUCAUUUCAAAUCUUAGUUGAUAAGGGUUUAAAUCUACAUUUUGAUCUUCCGAUCCCUUUUUGAUGUAUCCCAUACGUUUCCAUUAUACCUGUGAACCUUUGGGAGACAUAUGGACAAUUCUACCCUUGAAUAAAUUUUUUCUUGGUGGGAAGACUAGGAGAGCCAUAGCUUCACUGCCCACCUGUCGAUUCGAAACUUUUCAGCGUUUUUUCAGUUUAGCUUCAUCUUCUCAAAAAGAAUCUUCCAAUGCGAAUGUGGUUAUGGCAACAUUUGUACAAUUAGCGACGCCCGACUAGACGGGAAUCCUCGACGGCAAGUGGGCAACCUUGAAUUGUCAGCGGCGCGCGAUGAGUGCCUUGUGAGGCAAGAGACUGGCCGUCCGUCUCGGUUACCCAAUUGCUCACACCUUCGCUAAUCUCUUUCGCUUCUUGCGGGAUAGAUGCGAAAAAGAAGCUCAAAUCUGAUGGACAAAGUCAUCAAGGGUCAUCUGAAGGCCCUUGAUGUGUGCCGAUGACAUGUUACUUGUUGUUCGCAAGAGUAAAUCCAGAUUUACGGCUGUAGAACUUCGAGCAGCUGAGAUGGUAUAAGUUGUCAAUGGUAAUCUGGAGGCCUUUAAUGUUCGCCGAUAACAAGUUAGGCCGGCUAUGAGACUAGAAAUCACUGUUUCAACUCACGGAGAAAUUCUAAGCUGUAAAUAAUUAUCUAGAGCCUUCUAGAUGUGUCAAUAAUAAAUUGCUCGUUUUUUAAAACUUGAAAUCCGGUUUCAUUACUGUUUCAAGCCUUUGAUAGAAUUUGAGUUAACGAAUUCCUCAAAGAAUUUCGCGUUGGAUACAUGAUUUUUUGAUAAAUUGAGUUGAAUUCCAGUGUCAUUUCUAAAUGAUUUUUAAGAUUCUUAUUUUCUUUCAAGUAGAGAUAUUUCUAAUAAUUUCAAAUUACAAUGAAAGUUGAGGUUGUUUUUAACAACUUCAAAAAGCCCUACUUCUUUCGCUUAAUUGACGAAUUUGUCGAGGCGUUUGAUUCUGUUUUCUCUCUACAAAAACCUUGGUUGAUUGAAUAACUUUUCGAAUGACUGAUUUUCCGUCUGAUUGCGUUUUUUUUUCUUUCUUCGUUGUUGCUUUCGCGGGAAAAAAAGCUGAUGUUUUUUUGUACGGAGGGCAAGUUGGCCGAAAGAUUACAUCACAAGGCGCCAGGGGCCAAGAACAUUUAUCAGCGGAUGAACCGACAAAUUGCUCUCGACGCGGAUGAGCUGCUGAUCGAUGUCCUUCGGAUCGUGUUCUUUCGCUAGGCUCUCCACGGAAGAGCCUUCUGACGGAGGUGCUCUCGGAGUUCCGCUCGGCUGCCCCGGAGGAAAUUCGAUCGCGAUCUUGUAAAACACUGAUUUACGAGCGUUGCCGUUACGCCGUGAACAGCAAGAGUUUUUGCACUUGAUUAUGAGGGGAGGGCUUGCUUGGGAAAUGAAAAAAGGGAAAGUGCGGUUUUUUCCUUCUCGAGUUCACUAAAAAAUGUCACAAAAAAGAAAACAAUACAAAAAAGAAAAUCCCACAAACUGAAUUUUUAGGUUGCUCCUGCCAUCCAGUUGGAUCCCUUGGCAAAAGUUGCAAUCAAACUUCUGGCCAAUGCGUUUGCAAGCCUGGAGUUACCGGUACAACUUGCAACCGGUGUGCUAAAGGCUACCAACAAAGUCGAUCCACCGUCACUCCUUGCAUUCGUAAGUUUCCUUUCACUCUUUUUUUCCAAAAUAAUGCGCUUUUUUGUCUUUUGCGACCAUCCAAGCCGUCAUGAUUUAUGGCCUGAAGGCAGGGCCGACCGUUGCCGGAUAAUCAUAAACAAACAGUAGCCAUAUUGGUUGGGUAGGAAGCGCAAACCCGGGGACAAACCUAUCGUAUUAACAUAUCUAAGCUUAUUAGCAUGUAUUAUACCAGCCGAGCCGGUGGCUUUGCUCAUCUUACAGCUCGCCGUUGAGAGCGUCAUUAAGCCGUUACCAAAGCUGAGGGGCGACUUCAUAAUGAAUUUUUAGAAAAUGAGCUUAGAUUCAUGUAGAGUUUCAAUUGGGCUUUAACCCCGCCUUGAACCCGAGAAAAAGUUGAGAAAAAGGCGUUUCUAGUCGGGCGUAUUUCAUGAAAAACCGCUACCUCUUUUCAUAUGUAGAGCCAUUCUCUAAGCGUUCAGUUUCUAAGUUCAAAAAAUCCAAAAUGCCACUCAAUUUAUUCAUCAAUUUUUUUUCAGGCAUUCCAACCAAGGCCGAUUUCGUUGGAGAAGAUUCUGCCGAGCAAGGUGAGUCAUUAGCAUAGAAAGCGAGUAUGCCACCUUUGGCGGCAUCUUGAAAAAGGAAGGAAAGACAAACAUGUGCCAUCAAAACUUCUAAUAGGAUCCGCAGUAUUGUUUGCCUUUCAGGAAAGUGUGCGAAAUGUCGCAUCGUCCCGAAACGUUUGAACCAGCGCAAGUUCUGUAAGAGGGAACAUGGUGAGAAUUAUUUGGUGAACUCGAAAUGAUGAUUUUCAUUUUCAGCUUUGCAAAUCGUCGUAGUGAGCCGUGAGAUGGAAAACGGCUGGGCCAAGUACCGUAUCGUCGUGGAAUCGAUCUUCAAACGAGGAAAAGAGGGACAUCAGAGAGGAGAGACUUCUUUGUGGCUCUCGGCUCAAGCUGUCGCUUGUAAAUGUCCCAAGCUUCGAAUUGGUCGUCGGUACCUCCUUCUUGGUGAGCUCAUCCUUUUUUGAGAGAAGGGGUGCUUGAACUAGUCAAUGUACCUCAACAUAGACUUCGAUGUCUUCAUACACAUCUUUCCGGUCGAUAGCUCAACACUCAGAAACAGAAAAAGAGCUCGACAACACUUGUUGAGAGGUCGACAUGGGUUUUCAGUCGCCGGCUGACAUGACAAAUGAUCAAAAUAUGCAAAUGCAAAGGAGAUCCUUUUCCACUAGUGCGUUUUGGAAGGGGUUGUCAGUGCGAUUAGCGACACCGCGCUGGAUGUUUGAGGGCUGCGCGAACGUGUGAAAUCCGCCGGAACAAAGGAAAACAAAAGAAAUUUGUAGAUCGCUUCAAACUGCCCAUAAUUCUCUUGAUGUGUUUUCCAAAGCGGUGGCCCCAAUUUGACCGAGUUUUUUUUUCUGCGGAAAUAAAAUCAGGGAUUUGGCGAAAGGAUUUUUUGGAAAAGAAAAUAUUGGAGACUGAAAUCCACUGCAUUUUAUUUGUGAGAAUUAAGCUGAAAAAUAAUAAUUUUUUGAAAUUUUCUAUUCGUAAAACAUUCUGACUAAAAAACAACAACUGCGAAGCGUUUUUUGAAGUUAGGUAUUCACACAAAGGACUAUCCACACUUUUAUAUUUGAGUUUGUUUAAUUUUAGAAGCUUUAUCCAGUAGAUCACCCUAUUUUCUCGAGAAAUUUUUCCAUUUAGAGAGCAUCCUUGUUUCAGUUCCAAUUUAUGAGGGAAAAAAAAAGCAGAUUCUACCCGAAGAACAAGUUUGUGUCAAGUGCUGAAGGGCGAAAAUAACGACAAUUAACAAAAUUGUCCAAUAAAAAGUAUAUUUUCAGGCAAAGACGACACUGACGACGAACACGAGGGCAUCGUCGUCAACAGCAAGACGGUCCUUGUCGACUGGGACGAUGACGUCAUGGACAAGGUACAGCUCGAUUUCAAGUUGAAACGGAGUAAAGUGAUCGGUUUUAGGUUGUUCGCUUCUCAAAGAAAGACAAGUUGGGACAGUGCCCGGCGGGACAUCAUUAUUAA